AUGUUUCUCAAAAAUAUUUCUUCCUCAGUUGCUGACCCUAGAGAUCACAGAGAGGCUUCUAUCAUGCUCCCAAUUAACAAUAAUAACGCUGGUGCUGAAAUAAUUCACAUCAGUGACGAAGAACCAGAUCUGGAAUCAUCGUUGUUAGAGGUCAAUAUUAAUUCUGCCCCUUCAAUUUUAUCAACAACAGAACAAACCAAUCAACCUGCCUCAAAUCUUUUAACAUUACAAAGAAAUUUGGAAAUCAGCACCGCCAACAACAACCACCAACAAGAUGGUGUCUCACUCGAUUUAUCCUUACACCAGUUUGGCGGUGAUGGUGGUGGCAGCUCUUCUACUAUUGAUAUCACCGAUGGCGGCCCUGGUGGUGGUGGUGGAGGUGGAGAUGGUCUCUUGAGGAGCGUUCUCAACAAUACUUCUACUAGGCGCAUCAUGCCUAUCAAAAGAACUGCUUCUGAUUAUGCUCGCCGAGAGUUUACGGUGGGUGAGAGCUCAAGUGCCGGUGGUGCUGGUGGUGGAUCUGUUGCUCAACCUAUGGCAGCCCCCAAGCGCCGCCCCACCGCUAAUGAAAAUGUGGCGCUGUGCAUUUCAUCAUCAUCUAAUACCUGCACUUGUACCCCUUCUCCCACUUGCGCUCUCCAUGCUUCCGCCAAUAAUAAUCUUUCUUCAUCUUCCAGGGAACAACCCCAUGAAACUGUUAACAACAACAACAACCCCCGAAAUGUUGUUUGUGUUCCUUCCAGUUUGUCGCCAAUUUCUGAGAUGCAACGAGCUCUUCAGUCUGAUAACUUUCAACCUCAAUCAAUUACAUGGAAAAUCUUCCUCGAUCAUCAUCAGUACGCCGGUUCUUCGUCUUCGUCUCCUUCCCCUCUUCCUUGGAGCACCGUGAUUAGGCCAAGGGCUAUUCCCUCUAUGUCUCUCCCUCACCGAGUUGGAGGAAGUAAUACAGAAUCUGACACCGAAAACAACUAUCCUUCUGGAAGGGGAAUAAUCACUGAGACUCACAAUCGUGGAAACUCAUCAUCAUCAACACAGCUAGUGGAAAGCCUUGUACAAAACGCUGGUACCCCUUCUGCAUUUCAGCACCUGUCGGACGCUGCUCUUGCAUGGAUUGGAAGGCUGAACUCUCAUGACGAGACCUUGACGAGAAUGUCAUCAUCUUCUACCACUGAUAAUACUCAUCACAGGCCAUUGCGAGCUUCUGCUAUUGCUGAGACCUAUAAUUUGCCUACUUAUUUUGCUGAUGAUUCAAGAAGGCUUAGAAGAGAGAUCCGCAGUGCCAUUCAACAUCUGCCUAAUGGAGACUCCGUUCGACUCGAGGAGCUUUUAAUCCUUGAUUACUCCAUUUACAACUUGCUUGCCAGCACUGAGGAACUGGAGGAUGCGAAUUUGCCGCAAUAUGAGCCUCUGGAAGACGGGCAGCGAGUGAUGAACCCUUUAGGACUGACGGAAACUGAGGUUGCAGCAUGUAUUGGACGGGAAAUUUUCCAAACUGUUGGUGAGCAGCCUCAAAACAUUGAUGCAUGCGGCAUAUGUCUGGAGGACUACGUUCACGGUGAAGAGCUUGGGAGAUUGGAUUGUGCGCACAGAUAUCACAUUUCUUGCAUCAGUCAGUGGUUGCUCAUCAAGAACAGAUGCCCCGUUUGCAAGAAAAUGGCUCUCACCAUCAUAGACUUGGAGGAUGACGAGUAA